AUGGAGAAGUUGAAUCAGGCCGAACAAGUUGUAACAUUGUCUAUCAAGGCGUCUGUCAGUGAUCUGGAGGCGAUGGAAUCCAAAAUCUUUGCCUUCACGGAGAGUAUUGGCCAUCUCGCGACUCAACAGGACACCUAUUUCAAUGUCCCUUACGGUCAACUCAAGUUGAGGAAAACCUAUCCAAACAAGGUAAAAAUUUUUAUUAUUCCUGACUGAUUUUUAGGAACAAGGCGAACUGAUCUCUGCUAAAUCUAUUUCUCACAUUCCUCAUCUGGUGGAGACACGGGCUACAAGAAUCCACGAGGCUUCCGCUCUUAAAGUGAGUAUGAACUCUGCUAUUUACAGACACGUUCUUUGGAUAAUUAUAUUAUAUUAAAUUCAGUUUGUUGCCUAAAAACAAGUAAAAUAGUUUUUAACAGUUUUGUGGGCUGCUGGAAAGCUGAGCGCGAUAUUUUUUUUAAUACUGCGCCCGAUUUCCAUGCAGCCGUUUCGUGCACCCACGAGGCGCCGGAGGUUACAUUUUGCUUGCAGAGUAGUUGUUUUGGGUAAAAUUGCAAAAUCUAAUCCUGGUUAAAUUUCAGAAAACACUUGAACUCUGCAUCUCCGAACUUGGAACCAUAAAAAAGAAACGUCGAGUCUAUGUCAAAGAUAACGUCCGAAUAAACCUGGACGAUGUGGAAGGCUUAGGUGUCUAUGUGGAUGUCGAGAUCAAAAAAGAUGCCACAAAUGAUGUUGAGAAGCAAGCAGUGGAGGUUAAGAAGGCAUUAGGGAUCACAGAUGAUAUGAUUGUUACUUCCAAUUACCUCGAGCUCUACCGGAAAAGAAAGUCGGCGGACAGUGGAUUCGACGAUGAAACCAGUGACGCCUCCUUGUGA